CUCAAAGUCAGCAAACGAUAAUAACAAUGUCUGUGAAUAACUUCCAGGUGAUCGAGCAUACAGUUCCUGGUUGUCAUAUCCGAGAAUAUGCGGGCAGCACAGCUGGUCGGCAGGAAGAAGUACUGCACUUACAUGUAAAGCAAUAUACACCACUCGAUCAACCAAAGCCGCCCUCUCCCGAUGCGGUUACAAUCAUUGCUGCACAUGGUAUUGGUCUUGCCAAAGAGCUAUAUGAACCGCUGUGGGACGAGGUCUUGCAACGCUCCAAGCAGAACGGCUUCCAGAUUCGCAGCAUCUGGGUGGCGGACGUAGCAAAUAUGGGCAUGAGCGGUGUUAUCAACGAAGAUAAGCUUAGCACUGACUGCUCCUGGUUGGACCAUCCGCGCGAUCUCCUCUUAAUGAUCAAUCAUUUCCGGGAUCAGAUGCCCCGGCCUCUGGUAGGGUUAGGCCACAGCUUUGGCGGAACCAUCAUGACCAAUCUUGCCUAUUUACAUCCGCGUCUCUUUACCACACUCAUUCUUCUAGAUCCAGCCAUCCAGCUGAAUCCACCACCCAUGGGUUUUGUUUCCGACCCGCCAGGACCUAUUAAUUUCACUUUAUACCGCCCGGAUGUCUGGCCAAGCCGCCAAGCGGCCACGGCAGCUUAUAGAAAAAUGUUCCCUAAGAUGGACCGCCGCUGUGUGGAUCGCAUGGAGAAGUUUGGAUUUCGCGAUCUCCCCACAGCGUUACAUCCCGAGCUUUUGGAAGGCAGCGACCCUUCCAAUCCACCUGUGACUCUCACCACCUCUAAAUACCAGGAUCUGCUAGGACAGGCCCGCGCGAACUUCUCCGCACGCACGCCAGAUGGUCGAAUCCAGGUCGACCGUUCCACUCAUGCGGAUAUGGAUCCUCUUGCCGCUUUUAUACCUGUGUAUCGCCCGGAACCACGCAGCACAUUCCUUCGACUCCCAACCCUCCGACCAUCGGUGUUGUGGGUUUUGGGCGAGAAAAGUUACCUGCGGCUUGAUGAGAUCCGUGAAGGAAUCAAGACAUGUGGCGACGGCGUUGGAGGCAGCGGCGGAGCCUCGCAAGGGAAGGUAAAGGAAGUAGAGAUAUUAAGGGGGAGCCACUUUUUCCCAUUUGAAAAUGUGGCCGAGACCGCCGAGUUUUGUGCUUCAUGGCUGGGCCAAGAAUUGCUGAAGUUUGUUAUCGCGGAGAAGGAAUGGGCCAGGCAGAGACAUGAAAUGAGCAAGCGCGCCCAUCUUGUCCUUGGUGAGGAUUGGUUCAAGACUAUUAAACCUAUGAGCGCAUUUCGCCCCGCUAACAAGCCAAGAAAAGAGCGACUGUAACUGUAUCAUCAUUGGCUUGAGAUGAGGACAUUUUCCGUGCGGUGUUUAUCGUAAAUAGAGAUGAAUAUCCGAUGUAUCUCGAGUCAUAGUAUAGAGUAGGAAGUACUUCAUGCAUGUACACUGUAGACUGAAUUGGAUGCAUGAAGGAUGCGUG